AUGCCAACUGAAGGAGGAAAGAAAAGAAAAGUUGUAUUCAUGGCUCGCAAUGGAAUACUUGUAGAGCAGCAAAAGAACUUCAUUUCCCAGCGAUUGCCUUAUGCGAAUGUCCAACAUUUGAAAGGGGACACAGAUGAGGCGAUGAUGCUAAAUGCAUUUCUUGAAGAUAAUGACAUAUUCCUAUUCACACCACAAAUUCUUGUCAAUAAUCUGAACACAGAUGUUAAAAGUUUGUCGGUAUUUUCAUUAAUGGUGUUUGACGAAUGUCAUCAUACAAUCCGCAAUCAACCAUAUAACACACUUAUGAAGAAAUAUCUUUUGGAGAAAUCGAAUGGAAUAAAAAACUUACCACAGAUCAUUGGACUGACAGCAUCUAUUGGUACAGGUCGAGCUAAAUCAGAGCAAGAUGCGCUUGAACACAUAUUUAAUGUGUGUGCAAGUUUGGAUGUAAGAAAUCUGUCGACAGUAGAAAAGCACAAAGAUGACCUAGCAAAGCAUGUCAGCAUUCCAAAAGAAGACAAAAUACCAAUGCAAGCGAGACAAACAGAUCAAUGUAAAAGCAUACUUUUAGUGGCAUUGAAGAAAACACUUGAUUUUCUUGAAGAUUUAGCAUGGACGGAACCGAAUUUGAUAGAAAUAAUGCACAAAUGUCCAAAGAAUAUUGAAGAUAAGGAAUUUGGAAAGUGGAUAUCGGACAUAACUAAGACAGCAGAAUCACUAAGAAGAGGUCGGGGAAGAAAUGUAGUCUCCUGUGGAAAAUAUCUUCAAAUCUACAACAAUGCAUUAGAGAUAAAUAGGUUACUGAGAACUACAGACGUUGCACUUUACCUUGCGCGUCAACACGAGGAAGAAGCUGAACACCCAGAAACUUUUACAAAAGAAGAAUCAUGUCUCUUUGAAACCCUGAAAGAGGUACAAAAAGACUUAAGAAAAGUGAAGUCUGACAAUCCCAACGUGCAUGUUCUAAGUAGUAUUUUAUCAAAUCUGUUUGCUGGAAAGGAAGCAGAUUCUAACUCUAGAGCCAUGGUUUUUGUUCAAACACGAGCAACAUGCAGAGCUUUGGCAGCUUUUCUCAACGAAGAGUUAAAGUCAAUAUACGUAAAAGUGAGUCCUCUCAUAGGAAAAGACACUAGAGGAAUUGAUAAAGGAGGGGAUAAUGUUGAAGAAAUGAAAUAG